GUAACCUAUACAAUUCACUACGUCACAAGAUGGCGGCCCACAUGUUGACAAAAACAUAAAUAUAUUGCACAACACGUGUAUUCGGCUUUUAGAAGAGUCCAUCAUGGGAAAAAACAAGCAACGCUCAGGAGUUGGUCGCUCACUCAUCAAAGAUCGAUUUGGACAGAAAAACCGUACUGCAGGAGACAGUUUUUUGCACACUUCUGAGCUGUCAGAUGGCUUUGAGUGGGGUAGGCUCAACUUGCAGUCUGUCACUGAACAGAACAACCUGGAUGACUUUCUGGCCACAGCAGAACUAGCUGGCACUGAAUUUACUGCAGAGAAGUUGAAUGUGAAGUUUGUACCCCGUGACUCUGGCGGCUUACCCAGGGGUGAAGACCUGUUGGCCAUACAGGGUCUGCACAAGCAACAUGAGAACCUGCUGAGAAUACCACGCAGACCUCAAUGGAGCUCAGAGAUGUCCGCCUCUGAGCUGGAUCAGAAGGAAAGACAGGCCUUCCUGGAAUGGAGGAGAUCCCUGGCAUUCUUGCAGGAGGAUGAGAGGAUAGUGAUGACACCCUACGAGAAAAACCUGGACUUCUGGAGACAGCUGUGGAGGGUUAUUGAAAGAAGUGACAUUGUAGUACAGAUUGUAGAUGCCCGUAACCCUCUCUUGUUCUACUGCGCUGACCUGGAGACCUAUGUAGGAGAGGUGGAGCCCAGCAAGGUGUGCCUGCUGCUGGCCAACAAGGCUGAUCACCUGUCUGAGGAGCAGAGGCAGUUAUGGGCCGACUAUUUCACAGAGAAAGGUAUCAGGUUAGCGUUCUGGUCUGCAGUGGAGGAGUCACUACGUCAGGAGCAGGAGGAUAAACUGGAGAAACAGAACGCUCCGACUGACCAGGACUGUCAGACUGAGGAAGGGGUCGGGGAGGGCAGUGACUGUGAUACAGAUACAGGGGACGGGUCAGACGAUACUGAGGAGUGUAAUACUGAAUCUGUGAAUGACAUUCAUGUGGAUGGUGAAAAUGAUCAUAUGAGUGGUAGCAGUUGUGAUCAUGACAAUAACAUGGACAAUAAAAAUGAACUUUCCCCUGGUGAGAAAGUCUUAGAGGAAAUUACUGCUAAAAAAGAGGAGCAUAAAGAUGAAAAUGCAGAAAACCAGUCAGGUAGUGCUAUAGACAGUGCAUGUGAUGUCAUCAAAGAGAGUUGUUCAUGUGAGGUUACACUGACUCAGUCGGCUGAUUCCACUGCUGGGACCCUUUCAGAUGUGAGCGCCCAGGGUGUCCCACUGCAGGAUCUGCCGGUGAGGAACACGUCCCAGAUGUACACGGGGCCGGAGCUGCUACAGAUGUUGAAGGGAUUGCACACUGGGAGGAAGGCUCACAAGGGACUAGUCACUGUCGGAAUGGUUGGCUACCCCAAUGUUGGCAAGAGCUCCACAAUCAAUGCCAUCUUGAAGAUGAAGAAGGUUCCAGUGUCGGCAACUCCUGGAAGAACCAAACACUUUCAGACGCUGUACGUGGACCCAGAGUUGAUGCUGUGUGACUGCCCAGGCCUGGUGUUCCCCUCGUUUGUGACCACCAAGGCUGACCUCGUGGUCAGUGGGAUCCUGCCUAUAGACCAGAUGAGAGACUACAUACCUCCAUCACAAUUGCUGUGUGAGAGGCUGCCCCGCUGGGUGCUUGAGACCACGUACGGGAUCAACCUGCCAGCCCCUGGGGAGGGGGAGGACCCCCACAGACCCCCCACAGCGUACGAGCUCCUUAAUACAUAUGGAGCCAUGCGAGGUUACAUGACGUAUAGGGCAGUACCAGACAUGCCACGGUCUUCAAGGUACCUCCUGAAGGACUAUGUCAAUGGCAAGCUGUUGUACUGCCACCCACCCCCGGAUGUGGACUCGGAGGCGUUCAACAAGUUUGAAGAAAGGAGACCAGUCAAGGCCGGCCCUACAGGCAGUGGGGACAUGCCGGGGUCAUCAGACAACACACAGCCACUGCCGCCCAGCAAGAUUGAUGCAGACUUCUUUAGAAAGGAGUUUUCUACAGUGCAUACAAAAACAAACCGACAGUGACAAGCCUGGUACCCCGUCAUCUGGAGCUGGGAGCCAGACUAGUGUAGCAGGCAAACCGUGGAAGAAGCACAACAACAGGGGCAAGAAAGAGAAACUAAGGCGGGUCUACGGGUACCUUGAUAAGUGUUGAGCCUUCUUACGUUUGCAGACAUGGGGCUUGGAAACGAAUGUAUGAGAUGUAAUCAGUGCAGUCUAUGCUAACUUUAUUUGGGUGAAGAUUUCUGAAUAUGUCUUAAUGGAGAAAAAUAUGAAAGAUAAUGUGAAAUUAUACUAUUAACAAUUAAUGUUAUAGUUGGGUUAUUGAAAAUAUCAACAUUCAACAUGUUUAAGUUAUCUUUUAGUAUUACAAUUGCAUUAAUGUAAAGAUGAAAAACCAUGUACUUAUUCAAUUAUACAAUAAGCUUCAGUUAAUGACAAUAUGAACAUUCAUGUAAACUUACAGUAUUAGGCAUACAGCAGAAUUCAACCGACUCCUAUUGGUGGAGUUAUAUAAUAUAAUUAAUGACAUCACAGUCAUGAAUGUUGAUUUAAGUGACAUUAAAUUUUAUAUGACAUAAACUCAAUGAUAAGAACACACGAAAGUAUCUCAAAAUAAUCAUAUUGUAUAAAUGGUUCAAUUGAUAAGUCUGUAAAUACUGAGUUAUAGCUUCUUUGUUUCUGAUCUGUAAUGUACAUGUAUUGUAUUUGUUAAAGAUGCUCUUCCUAGACAUACAUAAAGAUACUGAUAUGCUGUUCAAAAAUGAAUAAAUUAUAACCAAAGCCAA